AUGAUUUCACCAACUCACCAGAGUCAAUACCUUAAUUAUUUUGUCAACCCAGUUUUAAUGACUGAGUCCGGAGAUAUUAUUGAUAGUGUCACUGGUACAACAACAACGACAGCAAACAUGUCAAAUACAACAAUAGAUGCGCCUACUCCCGCCUCGACUACCAAGAAUUAUAAGCACAAAAAACAGAAUACCAAUACUGGAACAUCCAUGUCGCCAAGUAAUUCAAUAAAUUCAACAAACAACAAUGCAGCAGCAGCAGCAGCGACAACAACAACGUCAAAAAAGUCCAAAGACAUCCCAUUAGAGUUGACUGCAUUUGGUACAACCCCCUCUGGGAAACCACGUUUAUUUGUUUGUCAAGUCUGUACAAGAGCAUUUGCUAGGUUAGAACAUCUACGUAGACAUGAAAGAUCACACACAAAGGAAAAACCAUUUAGUUGUGGUGUUUGUCAACGGAAGUUUAGUCGUCGAGAUUUAUUGCUAAGACAUGCACAGAAAUUACACGCUGGCUGUACUGAUGCAAUAACAAGAUUAAGAAGAAAAUCAAUUAAGAAAUCUCAGGAUGGGGACGAUGAUGAUGACGAUGAUGACGACGAUGAAGAAAUGGCAAAUUCUGAAGACGAAAACGAUCAUGAUGAAUCGGGCAAUGCAAGCACAAAGAAUGGUAAAAAGGAUAAAAAAGAUCCACCACCGGAGUUCAAUUUAAAUUUAUUCAAUCUGAAACAAAAGCCAACUAAAGCGAACACGACAAAGUCAAAAGUGGCUAAAUUAUCAACAACGACAUCAAGGAAAAAUUCAACCAAUCCUACGAGAAAAAACUCCAGCUCUUUGCACAAGCAGGUUCUUGAUCAACGUCAAAAGGCUGCCGUUAAUACAAAAAUUGUAUCAAGUACCAAAAUUGUAUCAGGUACCAAUAGUGGAGUGUCGAUAACUCCAACAAGGUCUAGAAGAGGUGCAUCAUUUUCUGCUCAAUCGGGUGCCAACUAUGCCAUCAACAUACCUGAGUUUAAUGAUAUAUAUCCACAAUCUGAUAAUGUUGAAUUUUCAACCCCUCAAUUCUUACCAUCUUCAUUGGAUAAUGAAAUGACGUGGCUAAAUAAUAUUCCAAACAUUCCCGGAUUGUCUGAUUCUGUGUCGGCUGCAAACUUGAUGCGUCAGAAUUCCAUAACAAAUUCAGCAGAUCAUGUAACACCUCCAGUAAACGUGAGUCAGCAUGGGUCAUUUUCUCAUCAAUCAACAUUUUCAGCUACCGAUAUGGGACAAACAAGAUCCGAAAGUGUAAACAGUUUAAACACUCCAUUUGAUGGUUCCUACAUGAUGCCAACGGUAACAAUAAGCAAUCAAGAAAUCCAAAAUGGUGUUGCUGCUCAUCAUCAUCAUCAACAACAACAGCAGCACCAGCAGCACAAUCAUCAACAUCAACCAAAUCAGUCUCUGCUCGGGUUAUCGAGAAAUGACAUGUUAAGUGAAGAUCACUAUGGCUAUUCAUUUUAUGAUAUCCCGGAGAAUAUUCUCAAUUUCCCAAUGGAUUCUAUAUCAACAACUUCAAAUGCAAUGUCUUCGGGCCCAAUUCAAAACUUUAAACCAUUAUCGCCUAUCACACAAGAAAUUGAACAUGAGAUUACUCCAAGAAUUGAUGGAAGAAUUGGGGAUUUCCAAAAUAACAACAAUACCAAUGAUAAUCCGAUUCACCAAAAUAUCAAUUAUGACUUGAACUUUCUUCAUACUAUUGAUGAUAUAGGACAAGAUGUUAUUUCUAAAUUUAUGCCAGGAGGUUACUCGUUUUAUGGAGACAAUAAUGUGUCGGCAACUUCUUCAGCUAAUGACUACAACUCACCGAACAAUAUUGUUUCACCGAGCCAACAAAACAAUCAAUUUGCUCUUCACAACCAGUCGUCACAUCCUAGUGGUGCUUCACCACAUUUAAACCAAGCAAUGAUGAAUAAAAUGAGGUUGCAUAACUAUUCUAGCAACAAAUUAUUCACUAAUCAUAUAAGACACAUGAUAAAUAAGGCAUUGGGUAAAUACCCCAUAAGCGGCAUAAUGACACCUACUAUACCCUCAAAUGAGAAACUAGAGUUUUAUUUGAGUGUUUUCAUUCAAUCAUUUUUGGCACACCUCCCAUUUAUACAUCCUUCUAAAUUGAAUGAAUAUGAAAUUAUGGCCAUGACUGGUAAUGAAGAUAUAAACAAUGAAAGUGCUAGAGUUUGUUUGCCAUUAUUAACAGCGACCAUGGGGGCCUUGUUGGCCAAUAACAAAAACGAUGCUGAACAUCUUUAUGAAGCCUCACGAAGAACAAUACACAUUUAUCUAGAGAGUAGAAAAACAAAUUCUACUAACGACAAGAAUUACAAGAAUGGUAAGGAUAAAAGCUCAUCCGGUAAUCCAUUAUGGUUACUUCAAUCACUAAUGUUGUCUGUUCUUUACGGAUUAUUUUCAGAUAAUGAAAAUAAUGUUUAUAUUGUUAUCCGUCAAUUGAACGCCUUAAACUCAUUAGUUAAGACAUCCAUAAAAAAUAAAGGGCCAAUUUUCUUUUCAAACAAUGGCGAAGAUGAAGAACUUUAUAAUAAGUUAAAUUCUCAUGAUAAUGGUACUUCCUUAUUUUCCAAUAAUUUGAAUGAUGAAAUGCGAUACAAAAAUAAUAUAAACAUGCAAUCUCAAACGAGAAUAGUAUUUAUCAUUUAUCGGUUGACGAACUUUUUGUUGAUGAUGUACAAUGUACCGUUAACUUUCUCAAUCAAUGAUAUUAAUCAAUUGGCAGUCACUUCCAAAGAUGAAGAAACUUUAUGGAACUUUAAAAAUUAUCAAGAGUUUCAAGAGUUUUCUCAUAAGAAUAACAAGACUUUAGAUGAUUAUUUGAAUCAUAAGAAUGAGCCAAUAAUUUUCCGCGAAUUAUUGUUGACAGUUAUCAAAUUUGGUAUUUCAGAUAGUAACAUUUCACCAGAGAUUGAAAAGAAAGUUACACACCAAUUGCAGAAUCUUUGUAAAUAUGGAUUCAAUUGUUUGGUGCAUGGUAUAUAUGAAAUCAAACAAUAUCAAGAGAUGAAAGAAGUAGAUACAUUCAAAGUGUUGGAUUAUUUAACCAAGUUUUAUCCUACAAAUGAUGGAUUGGGGUUCAAUUGCUUUAGAUUACCUGCCAAUAAAGACUUGGAAAAGAUUGAUUAUGCCUUAUUAGUAGAUUUUACUAAAAUUUCAUCGAUAAUAGAUCUUAAAUUGCUUAAAGAACAAAGUUGGCUUAAAAAUUAUCAAGAUUUAACUCAAAAUUAUCAUCGUCUUUUGGAUGCUCACAGUACUGGGAAUCCACUUAAUUCAAUUAAUGAUUAUGAUUAUUUGAAACUUGCUGAUUGUUGUAUUCUGGUACUCAAAUUGAUAUUAUUUAAAGUUGAGGAUUCCAACAGUAAUAGUAGAAAUCGAAGCAAAAAUGAUCCAACAAAUGAAAUCAAUAACAAACUCAACAACAACAACAACAAUAACAAUGAUAUGAAUAAUAAUAACAGUAAUGGUGAUCAAUUAAUUUCUGCCUUUGAUACUGAUUUUGGAUAUUUGAAUAUGGAUAAUAAUGGUUAUGCCAAAAAAGAAGAAUUUUCACGAUUCACUGAUGAUGAGUUGCGAUAUGAUAAAGAAAACACGAUGUCAUAUUUUGAUAAACAUAUUAAACUUGAUAUAUUUGAAGAAGUUGAGAAAUCAAGUAAUUUGAUACAAGCACAAAUGUUAUUCCAUGCAUUUUCCGUAUUAUCGAUUUUUUCGGUUUAUGUUAUGCGUAAAAAUGAUAAUAAUUCAUCACCAUUUGCUAAUACUGAUUUAAUAUUUGAAUUGAAUCAUAGAUAUAGUAUGGUUCUUAGAUUAUUAGAAAGACUUGAAACUUUUUUGAAAUUGAGAUAUCAAACAUCAGCAGGAGGAGGGGGAGGAGGUGUUAACAAUAACAAUAACAACGCCUUAUCUAUAAAAUUAGAACAAGAAUUCACAAACUUGUAUCUUUACAAUGGGAAUGUAUUAUCUUCAGAUCAUAAUACAAAUACAAAUACCACCAAUACUAUUACUACUACUACUACUACAGACAAUGGUACUAAACAAAAUCAGCAUCAUUCACAAGAUUUUGGAUUAGAAAAGACUUUAUAUAUCUUAAAAAUGGGAGAAAAUGUUUUGAAUUAUAUUUAUGAUUUAAAUUUAAAAGUUUGCGUAUUUAAGAAAUUGGGUGAUAGUUUAUCAGAAAUUAGAAAAUAUUUAAUUGAUAAUGAAUCUACUUUGAAUGGUUAA